AAGAAAGACCCUUUUCUUCUCCGUCAUCAAAAUCGUUCCUUUUUCUCAAUUUCUUCUCUUUCUUCGACCCAAAUCAAACUCUUACUCGCUAAAUCGUUCCUUCUUGCUUUUGUCUUUCUUCUUCGUUUUCAAGCUCUUCGUUAUUGUGGUGCUGCUGCUAUGAUCUUAGCUGAACUCUCUGGUACUGUCUCAGCUAGAGUCUUGUCUGGUGAUAAUGGUGGAGUUGGAGUUAGAUCAUCUAAGGUUCGUGGGUUUUGCGUUUUGUUUGCUGGGUUGUUGUUGUUAUCUAUCAGCUGGGAUCGUGUUGAUUGUUUCCCGUUUUCAUCAUCUGUUGAAAGUUGGGGUUUUUGGAUUUACCCUAAAGAGAAUUGCUUGAGGAUUUGGCCUUUGUUGCUUCCGUUUCUAUCUGGGUUCUUGGGUUGUUAUGAGAAAGUUUCUAUGAAUUGGAAUGAGAUCAAACAGUUAGAGCAGAAACGAGUUCGAUUACUGUCUUUGUUUCUCACCACUUUGUUGUUGUUCCCACUCGCUAUUUGGAGUUUCUUGUUCUCUGGUAGUGGUGAUGAUGGUGUCUCUUUUGAGAAUUUAGGUUGGCCUUUAGCUAACACUGUUGUGUUUGGAGUAUUGUUGAGUGAGAAUUAUAAUGACGAUAAGUUUUCGAGCUCGAAGAAGAAGGAUUCAGUGAGGGAGUUUCUUGUAACGUUUCUAUGUACUAUUGUAUUGGAACUCUUCUAUUUUCCUGAGUUGUCUCUUUGGGGAUUGCUGCUUUGUGGUUUGUUGCUUUAUGUUGCUGUUAGAGAGUUGGACUCUGUGUAUUCAGAUUAUCAAGAGAUUGGGAUGGAAUCGCCUGAGUCGUUUUCCACCAUGUUUAUGAAGCCUCUACGUCACAUUUUGAGCGAGAAGAAAUCGAGGAAGAUUGCGUUGUUUCUUUUGAUCAAUACGGCGUAUAUGGUUGUUGAGUUUGUGGCUGGGUUUAUGAGUAACAGUCUUGGAUUGAUCUCAGAUGCUUGUCAUAUGUUGUUUGAUUGUGCUGCUUUGGCUAUUGGGCUGUAUGCGUCUUAUAUCUCCCGUCUUCCUGCAAACCAUCAGUAUAACUAUGGACGAGGUAGAUUUGAAGUGCUUUCUGGUUAUGUUAACGCGGUGUUCCUUGUUCUUGUUGGAGCUUUGAUUGUGCUUGAGUCGAUUGAGAGAAUCUUGGAUCCUCAGGAGAUUUCUACAAAUAGUCUCUUGGUUGUUUCGGUUGGUGGGCUUCUCGUGAAUGUUGUCGGCCAUAAACAUGAGGGGUGCAACCACGACCAUAGCCACAACCAUGAGCAUCAUUCUGGUCACAAACUUGAAAAAAGUGAAAAGAAGGAGCAUCGCCACAUUGACCACAACAUGGAAGGAAUCUUUCUUCAUGUUUUAGCAGACACAAUGGGGAGUGUUGGAGUUGUGAUAUCGACACUCUUGAUCAAAUACAAGGGCUGGUUAGUUGCUGAUCCAGCCAGCUCAAUCUUCAUUUCCAUCCUCAUCAUUGCUUCAGUCAUUCCGUUGCUCCGAAACUCCGCAGAGAUUCUACUGCAAAGAGUCCCUCGGGCUCACAGACACGACCUGAGAGAAGCUAUGAGGAACAUACUUAAGACUAAAGGUGUUUGCAGUAUCCAGAGACUGCAUGUAUGGAGUUUCACUAACUCAGACGUCGUGGCUACUCUCCAUCUCCUUGUAUCAGCGGAUUCAGACAAGACGGAAACUAAGUUGCAAGUCUCACGAUUGUUAGAAGAUGCAGGAGUAAAGGAUUUGACUUUGCAGGUGGAAUCUGUUAACUCAUAGCAAUUGACAUUGGUGACACAUUAAUUGUUCUUGAUGGCGCUUCUUGAUCAUUACUAUCUUAGAAACUGAAAUAAAAUUUUCAGUUGUGU